AUGGAUCCUUUAGCGACUCACUCCGCGUCGUUCAUAUAUCGGUCCGCGCCCGGGGCCAUGCUGGACUCUCUUGCCUCAAACUACGAGCCCGAACCACCUCGCAAGAAACUCAGGAAGGGGACGAAGAGCUGUGUUGAAUGCCGACGUCGCAAGAUUCGAUGCAAAUUCAAUGCCUCGCGGCCCGGACGCUGCGACGAAUGCUUCUCGCGCGGCGUGAGCUGCGUAGACCAGGAAAAUGCGCCCGUGGAGUCCUAUAAGCCGCAUCACCGGGGAACCGAGCCAUCGUACAGCUUGCGGGAAAGAGUAGCGGUGCUGGAAGAUACUGUGGAGAAGCUCGUUAAACAGCUGGGAGACGGCGACGCGAAGAAUCGACGGGAUGGAUCGCAGCGUUCUCCCUUGGCAUCGGAGUCGAAUAGUGGCUAUCCGACCAAUUGCGCUCCUACGCCUUCGGAGUCGGCGGAGUCGUCUGACGGCCAGACUGAGCAGGCUCCGUUGUUGUCGCUUUUCAACAAUCAAAUUGUUUAUCGAUCCCGGGACACGGAUAAUGACAAACAUGCUCUGCAGAACCUGCCUGCGAAAAAUAUUGCGAUGCAGUCACUACUAUUCUCCGUCAUGCCGCCACUUUCGGAUAUCAAAAAGAUUUUCCACAACUCCCCCAAUUUCCAAGUUCAUUUACUAAGGAAAUAUGAUGAAUUUCGAGAUGAGAAUUUGCCCAGCCUUCUUACAGAUAGACCAGAGGGCGCACAAGCAGAGGCACUAGGGCAACUUGCCAAGUUACUGGUUUUUCUUGUCUCUAUUGUUCAUCAACUUCCUACUUCUUUCAAUUACGGGGAUCUCCAAGUCCCUCUCUGUCCGACCGAUUUUAUCGACAAGGCGCUUUCCGCUCUGGAGCGGACGGCUUUUAGCGAUGAAGAUAUCGGGUCGACCAUUGCUGGAAUGGAAUGUAUUUUUUUCGCGGGCAAGUACUACGUGAGUGCAGGGCGACCUCGAAAGGCAUGGCGCUUGUUCCGACGAGGGAUCGAAUUCGCACAAUUGUGCGGCUUACACCUGUCCACUAACCGGCCAAUCCGUCCCGACGACGUAAUGGGUCGUCGUCGAGCGUUCGUCUGGUGCGGGCUGGUAUGCUCCGAGAGAUACUCCAGUCUCAUCCUGGGACUUCCCUAUGCGGUUCCUGACCGUUAUGUGCUGCCUCACAUCGAACAUUUAGCAAACACGAACUUCAUGACAGCGACGGAGCAUUAUAUGUUUCGGAUUUGUUUGUUUGCUGGCGGGAUAAUCGACCGGAACCAGGACCCUCGGAAUAUUUCGCUUUCCAAGACGCUGGAGCUCGAUCAAGAACUCAACGCCCUAUUGAAUCAAAUGCCCCAAUUUUUCUCUUCUGCCGAUUAUGAUGGAACCGUUGAUGCCCUGAUAUGUCAGUUUGUGCACCAUUUCAUGCAAGUGAUGGUUCACCUUCCGUUCAUUCUGAACUCCGACAUGGAUUCGGGAUCUCAAUAUUGUCGCGAUGUCGCACUCAAAUCAGCACGAAACUGCAUAAACACCUACGUCAACAAGCGUCUAGGCAACGCCGAGAGCAAAUUUACCGUGUGUAAAAUGACCGAUUUCCAGAUGUUUACAGCGACAAUAGUUUUAAGUGUCCAUUUGCUUGGGAGAUCUAAUUUCCCUGAAUUUACCGCAGAAGAAAAUGCAUCGGACUGGGAGUUGCUGAGGCAGGCCACCCAAAUUUUCCGCGAAAUUUCGAACAGCCCGUGCGGCUCUGUGGCGGCACAGUCUGCAAACGUCCUUGAAAUGCUUUACGGUUGCUCCACGCCUGCAAAGGAAUGCCGAAAGGAGCACCCGAACGGCUGCAAGGUUACGAUCCCGUAUUUUGGCACAUUCUUUCUCCGGCCCAGAAACAGCUUCCGGCCAGGAGAACCAUCUCAUCAGGCCUUCUCGCCUGAAGGCACGAAGCAACGUAGUCUUUUCUAUGUCGGUUCCAGUGCCCAUAUCACUCCAUCUACAUCUACCCCAAGUUCGGAAGUUACACCCCCCGAAAGGACAGGAGGGAACUCAUCUCCAGUCUGGGAGGACCCGUCUGUGUCGUUUGGAAACAUUCUCUCCCUGCCAAAUGUAGAUUUUGACUUUGGUGGAAUCUCCAAGGCGGAUGAAAUGGGGUAUUGGCGCAUGGAUCCCAGCUCGGGUUUGGAUAUCCGUCUUGAUCAGGGAUGGAAUUUGGACUGGCUUAAUCCAAAUGACUUUCCGGCGCCGUGA